AUGGACCUCCAUUUGGCGGCGGAGCUGGGGAAAACUCUGCUGGAGAGAAACAAGGAGCUGGAGGAUUCCCUGCAGCUGAUGUACAUCACCAACGAGGAGCAGGUGCAGGAGAUCGAAUAUCUGUCCAAGCAGCUGGAUGUUCUCCGGGAUAUGAACGAACAACACGCCAAAGUUUACGAGCAGCUGGACGGGACGGCGCGGGAACUGGAACGCACCAACGUGUCUCUGGUGAUCGACAGCAAGAACUCGCAUCAGAAGAUAGAGAGGUUGACCGGGACCAUCGAUGCUCUGCAGGUCCAGGUGGAGACGCUCUCCGGACAGGUGGAGCAGCUUCGCUCCAUGGAGCAGCUCCGAGUCCGCAGGGAGAAACGGGAGCGCCGGAAAACCAUCCACUCCUUCCCCUGCCUGCGAGAGCUCUGCACCGCACCCGGGUAUGAGGAUCAGUUCGUGGUGGGUCGGGCAGAGAGCUUCACGGUGGAUGCAAAGCGCCCUCCGUUCGAAGAGGAGAACCAGCACCUGCGGGAGGCGGUGUCUGCGCUGCGAGGCGCGGCCCGGACGGAGAGGGGGAGACGGGAGGGAGUGGAGCGGGAGUGCAACCUCCUGCUGGGGGAGUUCUCCCGCCUGCAGACACGCGUGCAGGAUGCCGAGAGCUGCCAGGCGAGGGUCCGUGAGCUGGAGGUUGAGCUUCAGGAGCUUCAGCAGCUUCGUCGCGCUCGGACCUUCCUGAUGAGCAGCGAGGACGACGGCACCACGAUAACACAAACCGUCCUGAACAGCACGCCGGAGACAGACACCUUCCUGGAGGUGGAGGUGAGCGAGGAGACGGGGGGCGGCGUGCGAGAGGCGAAUGAAGGCGGGGGGAAGAGCGUCGGAGGGGAAAAUCUCCCGGAGUCCAGCCCCGUGAGGAAGAGCUGCAGCGACACGGCGCUGGACGCCAUCGUGGCUCGAGAUGCGUCCGGGAGGCGGAGAGGAAGCUACGCUCUCCACGCCAAUAGUGUGCGGAAAAGAGGCAUGUCCAUCCUGAGGGAAGUUGACGAGCAGUACCACGCCCUCCUGGAGAAAUACGAGGAGUUGUUGGGGAAGUGUCGGCGCCACGAGGAGAGUCUGUGUCACGCCGGAGUCCAAACUUCACGACCUGUCUCCAGAGAUCCGUCCAUGAAAGACUGCGCUAUCGGACCCACGCCGGCGCCGCCCCCCACCCCAACGCAGUCGCCCUCCACCCCCGAGGCCAUGGAGAGCAUCAGCAAGCAGGUGGACGCCGUGGAUAAGAGGCUGGGACAAAGCACGCCGGAGUACAAAGCGCUUUUUAAAGAGAUCUUCUCCCGGAUCCAGAAGACCAAGAUGGACAUCAAAGCUACCAAAGUUGCUAAGGCGAGCAAGUCUGGCAAAUCGGGCAAAUCUAGUAAACAGUAGAUGUUUAAAACACGGUUUGGCUCUAGAGAGGAUGAUAAAGUGCUACAUCAGUGUUUGUAGAGAGAGAGUUAAACUGCUAAACUUUAGUUCAGUUCACUUAGAGGUCAAAUAAAAGCACGCUGUUUCAUCGUGAGAAUUUGUAGCCUUCACGAGAAUCUGAUUAACAUGUAGUACAUUUCAAUCAUAUCUGAAAUAAGUUCACCCUAGAGCUGGGUAAUACUACAUAUAUCGCAACAUUUCUAAAAUAAAGACCGUGAUUCGUUAGCACGUUAGCCUUUCGUGACUCGUUAGUCACAUGACUUCCGUGUUACUCUCACAAGUUGUUCCUAAAAGCUAGUCACUUAGGUUUGGUAACUUGUUCGAGUCGACAGUCACUCAUUAGUUGCGUGAGUCAAUUGUAGACCACAACAUUCUUGUCUUACAUGACGAUACCGAUAAAACAUCGAAACACGGUUUGGCUCUAGAGAGGACGAUAAAAUGCUAUUUCAGGGUUUGUAGAAAGGGUGUUAAACUGCUAAACUUAAGUACAGUUCACUUAGAGGUCAUAUAGAAGCACGCUGUUUAAUCGUGAGAAUUCGUAGCCUUCACGAGAAUUUGAUUAGCAUGUAAGACGUUUCAAUCAUAUCUGAAAUAAGUUCACCCUAGAGCUGGGUAAUACUACAUAUAUCACAAAACAUUUUUAACCUCAAUCUCGAUAUUGUAUCAGAUAAAAAAUGGAAGCUGUAAAACUUCAGGAAAGACAGCGAGACAGGAAACUUAAUUUAUAAAAUGAAGACCGUGAUUCGUUAGCUUUUCGUGACUCAUUAGUCACAUGACUUCCGUGUUACUCUCACAAGUUGUUCCUAAAAGCUAGUCACUUAGGGUUUGGUAACUUGUUCGAGUCGACAGUUACUCGAGUCAACAUUCUUGUCUUACACGACGAUACCGAUAAAACAUCGAUAUAUUGCCCAGCCCUCAGUCACCCUUAUAUUCUGUCCUUCAGCGCUCUUACUCAAUAUUUACCGGCUUUACUGCCUUACUCCUAACACAUAUCACUAACACAAUGCUAUCUAAUUAGCCUCUCUUUAGCCUCGCAAGUGCACUAAAUGUCAAAGCUUAGAAAUGGAUGAAAACAUGGACAUCUAAUACUAACAUGAACUGAGGUUUAUUAUAAUGGACUCUACAAACAAGUGUAUAACUACAGUAGAGAUGAAUCCUCUCAGCGCUGUCUGUCUCAAGAACUAACUCCAGUUGCUAAAAAUCCUCCUCUCUUAUAAUACACAUUUCAAUUAGCCUUUGAUGAUUGCUUCUCUUGCACCGUUCUCUCUGUGACCUUACUGCUCACGUUCGUUGUGCCUCACCCUUUAAUGUAGAGAUUUUGCAGAAUAGAUUUAUUCCAGAUGAGGAGAUUGAUAUCCCUGACUUUACAGCAAAUAUGAAGCUACAGCCAGUUAGCCUAGCUUAGUAUUGUGGUGGGAGUUUAUAUAUCAAAUGUGGAUAUAGAAUCAAACCCUUCAACAAAUCUUCUUAUUAAGAACAUUUCCCAAGCUUAGCAAAGACAUGAAAGCCAGUAAAUACAGAUGAACAUUAGCAAAUAAUAAUCAUACAAUUAUAUUAUUAAAGUCAGUAAGGGAGAAUAAUAUUGUUCUUUUGGAAGCUAGGAAACCGUUAGCCUGACUCUGUUGUGUGUUUGUAUGCACCAGACUAUUUUGUUUACCAGUGGGGGGUAAUCUUGAAAAACUAGCAAGAGUUUAGUAGAUUUGAGAAGUAUCUAAAGUAUAAAUCCAUACAGAUUUCCAAGCUAGCAGCACUAGCUACAAAAGUGGCUAACUCUUGCAGAAAAGCCGCAACACUAAUUCUUAUUGAGCAAAAUGAGAACGUCCGGACGGACUUAUUAAAACUUCUUCACGCAGCUUAAAUUCGCUGUUAGCUUUGGACGGAGCUAGGCUACUUUACCUUUAGCAUAGCGAGCUAACGGACUGCUAAGUAUCUUUGUCGGCAAGACAGCAAAUACGCGUAUUUCCCCAAAAUGUUAAACUACUUUAACAUGCCAGAGGAAGUCAGAUAAGAGGCAUGCUAACUGGAAAGAAAGCCAGACAGGAAACUUAAUUUACAUUUGUGAUAUAAAUACCGUUUCCUACCACUGUGCAAAAGUUACUUCAGCGCUUUGAGGUACAGAAAAGUGUUUCUUAUUUAUAGCAGUAAUAUAAGCAAGCUAACGUACUGAUAGCUGUCUUUAGCUAAGCAAGCUAACGUACUGAUAGCUGUCUUUAGCUAAGCAAGCUAACGUACUGAUGGCUGUCUUUAGCUAAGCAAGCUAACGUACUGAUAGCUGUCUUUAGCUAAGCAAGCUAACGUACUGAUAGCUGUCUUUAGCUAAGCAAGCUAACGUACUGAUAGCUGUCUUUAGCUAAGCAAGCUAACGUACUGAUAGCUGUCUUUAGCUAAGCAAGCUUACGUACUGAUAGCUAUCUUUAGUGAAAGUGUGGUAUUACUGGUAUACCUAUCGGCAAGAAAGCAAAUAGGUGUAUUUCUCAAAAUGUUAAAUUAGUUUAAGAUGCCUUAGGUCUAGGACAGUGUUUCUCAAAUUUUUUCAUACCAAGGACCACUUAACCAAUAAAAAAACACUCGCGGACCACCUAACUCCACAAAUAUCCCAAAACACAUCGUUUUUUGCAAAUCGCCUUAAAAUGGUACAAACAAGUGGCCACAUGUGUGAUGAAGGUGUUUAUCUGGGCUAUAUCAUGCAAUUGAAAGUGAAACUUAAGCUCGCUCCAUUGCGGGGAUAUUCCCGCGAGUGCGGAAAACUUGAAUUAAUUAAUUAAUUUCAAAUGUGAAAUGUUACCAAUAUACUCACGGACCACUAGGGGGCGCUCACGGACCACCAGUGGUCCGCGGACCACACUUUGAGAAGCACUGGUCUAGGAGAUCAGAUACAAAGGGACGGGAUGCAGACGUGUGUUUUUGUUUGUAGCAGUACGUGAUAUCUACAGGUUUUAGUUGACUUGUUUUAUGAAUGUUUAACUCUGAUGAUCCGACUGAGAAGCUGCUGUCUUGCAAAAGACAAUCUCUGCAGAUAUUUCACUAUUUCAUGGCAAUUAAGGACAGAUAAUAAAACACCAAUGUUGGGUUAUCACCGCAUGUUAGUGUUCCUAACACACGAGGGAAUGGAAUGGGAUUAUAAAUGGACAGCAUGAAGAUUAAAACUAGAACUUGGACCCUUUUUUAAGAAAUUGGUCCAAAGAUGAUAACUGAUAUUAUAUUCCUUCUUAGCUUUUUAUACAAGUGUUGUAUUUCUCUUUAAUUGAAGCUCAACAGACGCACUGUAACCAGUAUAAGGCUCCACACAGGGCUUUGUCUCACACCUAACCGACUUACCAAACCUGCUAACAUAUCGCACCUUUUUCCAACAAUAUAGCCUUUUUCUGGGUAGCCUCUUAUGUAUGAACCUUUGACAAAAUAAAUGUUAUUACAGCUCAUUUUAUACUUAAUUUGUGAAGAUAAAAGUUGAAAAUGUUGCACAGCGGACAAAUGAGAGACCCUCUACUUGUGUUUGAGGCUAAUUGAUAAAAACUAAGGAUGCACUAAUAUUGAACUUUAGAAUAACAUGGUGAACUUCAAUGCUAGCCUACAACGAUAUGUCACCUCUGCAAAUAUUGGUGCAUCCCAAAUAAAACGAGAGGAAGAUGGUUUGCCUGCAACCUGGUACUGAAAUCUGAACGAUGAAAGAAAGGAUAGUUGAUUGUUGUUCCGAAUUAUUUUGGAUUUUGGUGCACGAGUGAAUUUAAAGUCAUGUCUUAUGAGUGUGUAGACGGAGGAAUAUGUGAAAAUGUAGAACAAACCAGAGCUUGUUAAAGUCUCACGAGGUUCCUGUAUUCUAAAGUCUUACUUGUUGCACUUGGCGCUUAAUUGUUGCAUAUUUAGGAUAGCUGAUAUGAAAAUGUACGUGUAUUUAUUUUUGUCUGAAUGUUUUUUUUACUUUUCCAGUGCCUAAAUGUGAAUGUCACUAACAACCUGUCGAAAUAAACUUUAUUUAAUUUGUUUUAAUUUUAUCAUCCACUUUAAACAUGUGCAUUAUUUUUUAAGAUAUUGGCAUUACAGUUUACUCUGCUCUUGUAUUAAGUUUGUCAUUACUGAACUACCCUGUUAAUAAAGCAUACAAUGCAUCCUA